AUGGAAUGCCCUUUAUGUUCUUCUCUGAUGAAACAGCACUUGCUUCAGCCGUCGUUGGCGUUGAUACUGUGUUCGUCCGAGUCUUGUGUAUAUCCGUUUAACUUGACGAUGAGCCAGCUACAAGAGAAUAAUCUACUCAUUCCAGACGUAAAAGAAUCAGAUAUAAUGAGAGGCAUGCUUAGCAAAAUGGUCGACGAAUCACAAGUAAAUGAAAAAAUUGCCCAGUUUAUAACCAAGGACGAUAACGACGUAAUAUUAUGA